GCAUUGGCUUGCCACGACCUGCCCUCCCGCCCUAGCAUUGAUAGUGUCGUUGUUGGUGGCGUGACCUGAGUGUGGGGUGCAAUAGUCUUGGGUCUCGCUUUCCGCAUCCUGACUGUCCAAGCUCUGUCUGACACCACUGCGUCUCCAGACCUUUCCCAUUGUUUGACCAACGAAAUCUAUGUAAUAACUGUUGCGUCCGUACUCUUCGCAGAUAUUCGAGAGAAACAUAUGCGCUUGUGCUAUCUACAAUGUCGUCCCAAAGCUUUCACGUCCGGCGCAGCAAUGUCGCCAAGCUAGACGAGUUGUCUCAGUAUAACGGCUUACGCACUACACGUUGGGUGCAACCGCCGCAGGGCAGAAGUGUGCUUGAAAUCCAAACUACGCACAGACCUACAGCACUGCAAAAGAUACCCAAGGAUCAGAAUUUGCUGACGCCUCCGUACCAUUGGCAUUGGUACCAAGACGAGUACUUCUACGUCAAGCAAGGCCGCUACAUCUUUACGCUUGAGGGUAAGGACAGUACUGUGUCCUCCUCUGACUCGCAGCCAGUGCAUAUUCCGGCACGAGCUCGGCACACGUUCAGAGUCGACGACACACACGAAGGGCCAUGUGAGAUCGAAUUCUCCACUGAUGUGUCUCCUCGAAGUUCGCCAAACGAUCCGGAAGCCUACGGACCCAACGAGAAGUUCUUCCGGAACCUUUACCAAUAUCUCGAUGACUGCUGGGUACAAGGCAAGAGUCCAUCGCCUUUCCAGCUCUUGCUGCUACUCGAUGCUGCUGAAGUAAGCCUGGCUCUGCCGGGACCGGCUUGGAUUGCUCAUCCGGUUAGCUACGCGAUCGGCGUGCUCGUAGGCAAGUGGUUCGGUGGAUACGUCCUCGGCUACAAGACCAGCUACCCAGAGUACUACGACAAGUCGCUGCACAGCAAGAAAACGAGAUAGAGUCUCCAUGCAUAUCCAUGUCUCGGUGAAGCUUCAUGUGUCAGCGUCAAUGACCGGAGCCAAAUCCAUCAGCUAUCUUUCGCAGGUCAACCGUCAGUACCAGCACAACGGUUGACAACGGGUGCAUUUACAUACCAACGACUCGCGCCUAAUACGGCGCUUGGCCAGCAUAUGCACAGUACACCUCAGCGCUGCGCGUUGGCCACGCUCACUCUUUCCUCCCGCUUGAUUGGGGGCCAAUUCCCUUAUUACGCUUUCUACUAGUCCCGUUAUGGACUGUUCUUAUAUUUGCCUGGCGUGAAGC